AUGAAAAAUGGUCCUAAAAAAAGUGGUCCUUCUAAAAUUGACGCUGUCACUUGGUGGCUAUUUUGCUGUCGUAAAUCAGAUUACGAAAGGCAAGAAAAUUUAAAAAUGAUGCGACAAAAUUCAGCAAGUAAUCUUGAUCCAUACAAGAGACAACCUUUGCCACCAAUUAAUGGUACCAAUAAUAAUGGUGACGGUUAUCAGGGUACACAUAUUGUACCUCAACGUUUACAACCAUUACAGCUACAAAAUCAACAAAAACAGAUGCCGGACUAUCAGACAAAAUGUUCGGUGAUUGAAGACGAUAUUGCAGACGACGAUCUAUUUGGGAUACAGAUUAAAGCAAUAAAAGGAAUUCCAGUAAUACAAUUGUGUAAAGAGGAAAAACGGACAUUACCAAUGCCACCAUUCCUUGAAAACAGAUAA